CUCACAUUGCAGAGAUCUAUCAUCAAGAGUUGGAUUUCCUCCGGUGAGCAGCGUGAAGAUGUGGAAGCUGGGUCUUCAGCUGGUUGUCCUCUGUGUUUUCCUGCAGGUGCCCGGCUGUUUUCCAUCAUGUCUCAUUGUGGGCUCUGUAGCCAACUGUGGCUACAAGAACCUCCGCUGGGUUCCUCGUCUCCCUCCAAGCAUUACCCACCUGUACCUGGAGGGGAACCGCAUCAGUGAGGUCAACUCUACCUCCCUGUCGGGCCUGGAGGAGCUGCAGGAGCUGGACCUUGGACAACAGUUUGUGCGUCUUGCGAUCAGGAACAACUCCUUCAAUGAGCAAAAACGCCUUAGGAGGCUCGUGCUCGGCAACAACGUCGGCCUUUGGCUGGAGCCGCAGGCUUUUGUAGGACUGUCGGGUUUGCAGGAACUCUUCAUGGAGCGAUGUUCGCUCACAGAGUCCAUAUUGGAGGACAACUAUCUGGAGCCACUGUCCUCCUUAGAGACUCUUGACCUCUUUGGGAACAAGAUAUCAAGACUCCAGCCUUCAAUGUUCUUUGUAAACAUUACUAAUUUAAAAGUUUUGAACCUCAAGCUGAACGAUAUUGACAAAAUAUGCGAGUCCGAUCUGGUUGGUUUCCAGGGAAAGCACUUUGAGGUCCUGAACUUGGACUCUGUUUACCUGAAGGCCAUGUUUAAAAAACGCGACUGGCAGAAAUGUGGGAAUCCUUUCAGGGGAAUGUCCUUUGAGACACUCAACCUGUCCAAUAAUGGGUUUAGUGUGAGUAAAUUUAAGCAGUUUUUCACAGCCAUUAGAGGGACUAAGAUUUCCCAUCUCAAAGUGUCUGGACACAUGGGCAAAGGAUUUUCAUUCACUAACCUCGCUGAUCCAGACCGCAGCACGUUAAAAGGCCUAAAUGACAGCUCAGUCCACACUCUGGAUCUGUCGAAAAACAAGAUAUUUGCACUGCAAGAGGGUUUUUUUAGUGAGUUAAAAGAAGUCGCAGUCAUUGAUGUUUCCCAGAACAGUGUGAACCAGAUACACAGAAAUGCCUUCGAAGGCCUUGAGGGACAUUUAGAAAAGCUCAAUCUGUCACACAACCUGCUGGGGGAAAUCCACUCUCACACGUUUGCUUUUCUGACAAACCUGCAGGUGUUAGACUUGUCUUAUAAUCACAUUGGUGUUCUGGCUUUCGGCUCAUUCAGUGGACUUCCCAAAUUAAAAGCAUUACAUCUAACAGGAAAUGCUUUGCGAGACAUUGGCUUCACUGCAUUACUCCCCAGCUUAGAUUAUCUCCUGUUGAAUGACAACAAGCUGACAACCUUGUCUGUGAGCACAAUCCAUAGGCUUGCCGGUAGUGUUUCCUAUUUGAAUGUUCAGGACAACAGAUUAACAAACCUCAAGAAUAUUUACACCUUUGUGAAUCUUCUGGAUCGCCUCCAGCAUCUCUACUAUGGAGGAAACCCAAUCGAGUGGUGCAAUCACGGUUUGCAGUUUGGAUUCAUCGAUGAUAACAAUGUCACAACCCUGGAUCUUCACAGCAGUUCCCUGCAGUCUGUCUGGUCUCAGGGAACAUGCCUGAAAAUGUUUGACAAUUUUGGACAUGUGAUUAUUCUUAAUUUGAGCCACAACGCGCUGAAGUCUUUACCUCAGCGCAUUUUCAAGGGUCUCACCUCAGUGGUGGAGAUGGACCUCUCAUCCAACAGCUUGACUUACCUCCAGCCUGAUGUUUUACCCAAAAGUCUCAGAGUCCUCAACCUCGCCAACAACUUCAUAGCCUCCCCUGACCCAGCAGUUUUUCGCUCUCUUAAUUCCCUCGAUCUGAAAAUGAAUCGAUUUCACUGUGAUGCAAACCUGAAGAGCUUCCUGACAUGGAUGACCCAGACGAACGUGACUUUCCUGAGUCCUGUUAAGGAGUUUAAGUGUGAAUUUCCCUCUGGUUUCUAUAACGUUCCUCUGUUAGAUUUCUCUGCUGAGGUCACACAGCAGUAAUUAGCAACUCAAAGAGAGAACUAGGGAUGCACGAUAUCGGAUUUUUUACAAUAUCCAAUAUGCCGAUAUAUAACAAUUCAUCAGGCCAACACUGAUAUUGAUAAAUCCACUUUUUUCUCCACCCAGUGUUAGUGAUCUUCAAGUCUCUUCUGUAGUGGAAUUAAAAUCAUAUUAUGCAUACUUUAAUUGUGAUGGCGGACCGCCAGAUGAAGAUUCAAUGCUUUUCAGUGUAUCUAAUAUUCAUGUAUUGUGCAAAAUAAGAAAAAUACUUCAUUUUAGGGUUGAUGUUACACACGUUCACUUUGUCAAUAAAAAAUCAGAAUAUUGGUUUGCGAUAUCGAAAUCAAUAUGUUGGCAAAUUUAAAGCCAAUAUCUGCUGGUACCAGUGACAUGCCGAUAUCAUUGUGCAUCCCUAGAGAAAACAGGACAAAUAAUGUACAGAAAGAAAAAAUAAACACCUAGAUAAUCAUAUGGAAUUAAACACAAGUGUCAUGUAAUGCUGAUUUUUUAAAAGUGUUUUUAUAAGUGUUAGAUAAUAAUAUUUGAGGGGAAAAAAUCAAAAUUGUAAAAUAAAUAAAUACA